UUGUGUAUUAUUCAUUUUAGGUUAGGUUGUUAGAGAGUUUUGAGUUUUCUCACUUUUUUCUAACAAACACAGAACCAAAAGGUCUAGGUCUAAAAGAAACUACAAACGUUAACUUUCAGAUUGGUAGAUUCUCAGAGAAAUUGUGACCAAGCUCAAUAUUGUUCUGUAGUCAAUAAUUAAAAUGAUCUUCUGAGCACUAUUAUCCCUACAUUUCAACAAUGAGUGCCUACCAAAGAGUUCGGCAAUGGAACACAUUUGCACAACAGUGGCAUCUCUUUGAUGCAAAAUGGCAGAAUCCUUUUAUAUCGGCACCAGUGUUGGCAAAGUACCUGAAAGGCACUCACAAACCCAUCUAUCAUCCUUUAUCGGAUACCGGUGACCAUGUUGUGGUAAUCAACAGUCGCCACAUUGCUCUACCUGGCGAGGAAUGGCGCUGGCGCUGUUAUUUCCAUCACACCGGUUAUCCCGGCGGCGCCACUUGGACUUACGCUUGGGAACUACAUGAGAAAGAUCCCACUAUGGUCAUGCAUAAAGCUGUCUUACGAGCCAUUGAAAAAAAUUGGAACAGGAUUCGAAUACUAAAGAGACUACAUAUAUUUCCAGAGAGUGAAAUCCCUGAAGAUAUCAAACAGAAUAUUUCUAAUCAGAUCCCAGUACAGAGGCCAGUUCCUCGCUCCUUAUUGUCUUAUUCUGAUGAAGAGAUUGCUAAGUUUCCCAAAAUUGUUGAUUAUCCUAAAGAUUAUGUCGUAGAUUGAAGUUAAAUUUGUGUUAGACAAUGUAAAUAACCAACAUAAUAAAAUAUAAAUAUACGUAGUUUGGAAACUAAAAAA